GAAGGAACUCAAAAGUUUUCGAGACGUACAAAAUAAGAUGGGUGUGCCUUUUCGUUUCUCCACCCCUUGGACAGAUGAGAGAGAAAAAGUGACUGUUUUUUCAUUUCGGCACAACACAUUUCCAGAGAAAGAAAGGGGCGAUUAGGGUUUUGGUCAUCACUUCAACACACUUGGAUCGUUUGAGAGAGGAGGUGGAGGACUAGGGUUUCAGAGCUCCAUUUUCAUUGCUCUUCAAAACAGCCUCAGAGAGAGAGAGAGAGAGAGAGAGAGACACCUUCUUUGUGACGUGAAAUUGAAAUGAAUUGGUGAUACAUGGCUUCAAUGUCAAACCAUGAGGGAUCUUCAAAGAAAAUGAGAAAAAUUCUCAAGAAGGUGGAUAGGAUCAGCAGCUUGCCAGACUCACUACUUGUUCACAUUCUUUCUUUCCUACCAACAAUAGACGCAGUCGGAACCAGCAUACUGUCGUCAAGAUGGAAGCACCUCUGGGCUUGUGUUCCCACUCUAGACUUCGAUGUCAACUUGCCGUUUGGAGAACCUUAUUCAGAUAUGAACUUUGUUGAUCGAGUACUUUUCAAUCAUGAAUUGUCUUGCAUUCAGAAAUUCCGGUUGAACUGUAUAGAAGAAAAUGAUUUAUCAAGAGUAUAUACAUGGAUAAGUGUAGCCAUAAAUCGUGGGGUUCAAGAACUUGAAAUCGUUAUUAACCAAGGCGAAUGGGAUUUUAGAUGCCCUUUAAGCCUCUUCACUUGCCCAACAUUGGUAGUCUUAAAACUGGGAUUUCUUGUAAGUUUAAGUACUGUUCCUCGCUCGGUCCAUUUUAAAAGUCUUAAGGUCCUCCAUGUUUCAUUUAAUUUUCCGGACAAUGGAUUGAUGCAAAAUCUUUUCUGGAAUUGCCCUGUUCUUGAAGAUCUUUUAAUUGAAGGACUUGUUCACAGUUAUGAUGAACUAAGUUUCGAUCUCUCAACGCGGGCGCCUCUGAAGCGUUGUAAGUUAGAUUUGGGAAGUAAUCAAGUAGACGCAACUUCUAAAUAUAUUUCGAAUGAAAUUGUGAUCAAUUCACCGGGUCUUGAGUGUCUUACCCUCCAUGAAGAUUACUUGCCUUGUUAUGUGCUAGAGAACCUAACCUCGUUGGUUAAAGCAGAUGUUGAUGUUGGACACUGCUGUAUAAAAACCAAGUCAACCGAACAACAUGCUGAUCGUGUACUUGUGCUACUCAGGAAACUUUGUAGUGUCAAAUAUCUAUCUCUAGGUGCUCGUACCAUGGGGGCUCUCGACUAUGCUGUUGACAAUAAACUGCUUUUAUUCACUAAUCUGAUUCGUUUGGAGCUGGUUGUUCACAAUUGCUAUGGCUGGAAACGUCUACUACACUUGCUCAAUAGCAUGCCUAACCUAGUACGUCUUGUUUUGGACAAAUUUAAGAACUGCGAAGACAAUGCUUCUGAGGAUUUCAAUUUUGUUGAACAAGAAGUGGUGCCUUGUUGUCUCUUGAUGCAUCUCCAAGAAAUUGGAUUUAAUUUUUUUCAGGGUCUGAGUGAUGAGCUGAAGCUGACAGAGUACUUUUUGAGAAAUGCCAAAGUAUUGCAUACGAUGAAAAUUUAUACUUUUGAUUUAGAAGAAAAGCAAGAGAGAGAGUUUCAUGAGAAAGUGCUAAUGUUUCCAAGGGGUUCAAUAACCUGUCAAGUUUUAUUCGACAAAAUUUUGGAACAGCCGAGAUAAUUAUCCGAGGAUGCAUUGUGGAGCUCACACACGCGGGAGAGAUCUAUUGCCCGCUCGGCAUCUAUAGAAUUGUUCUCCUUGAUAAAAUUUCCUGUCAUGGAACCAAGUUGGCUCUUAUUUUUUGGGGUGUAUGUAUACUGUCUGUAUUGAGUAACUAAUAGUUACAUGUGUUCAAUGUCUCUUCAACUGAUUCAAUUUUGUAGGUUUUGUUGAAUUCGGAUUCUCAACCAUAAUCUGUCCUCGACUCUUUGCCAUUGAAUAUAGUCCCUAUAUAAUCAAUCAUUGUUCAGCCUAAACCCGAGGCUUGUCAA